UCCUUAUAAAUACCACAUUCCCUGAGUUCAUUCAACACAAAAAGUACAAGAAUCUAAAAAUCAUUUGAGAGAACAUUGCAUAGUAAGGGGAUGGGGCUUGGGGAAAUAUGGUCACAACUAGGCUCAAUUAUGGCUAGCAUCAUGUUUGUGUACGCCAUGUUUGAGAGGUUCUUCCCACCACAUCUUCAUAUCUAUGUUCGAAAAUACACACACAAACUCACAGGGCUCUUCUACCCUUAUAUCCAAAUAACCUUCCCUGAGAAUACAGGGGAAAAACUCAGAAGAAGUGAAGCUUACACUAAAAUCCAGACAUACCUCGGUGAGUACUCAUCUCAAAGUGCCAAAAGACUUAAAGCUGAAGUGGUAAAAGAUAGCCAAUCCCCACUAGUUCUCAGUAUGGAUGACAAUGAAGAGAUCACAGAUGAGUUUAAAGGUGUCAAACUCUGGUGGGCUGCACACUACAGCAUCAAUAAAUCACAGUCAUUUUCAUUCUACCCUUCUUCAGAUGAGAAGAGGUUCUUUAGACUCACUUUCCACAAACGGUACCGUGAUCUCAUCACUACUUCUUACAUCCAACAUGUGUUGGAUGAAGGCAAGAAAAUUGCAUCAAGGAACAGACAGUUGAAACUGUACACCAACAACCCUAGCAACGAUUGGUCUAGAUACAAAAGCACAAAGUGGAGCCACAUACAUUUUGAGCACCCUGCAAGGUUUGAAACACUGGCUAUGGAUCCAAAGAAGAAGGAAGAGAUUAUAAACGACCUUGAUGUGUUCAGAGAUGGAAAAGAGUACUAUGCCAAGGUUGGGAAGGCUUGGAAGAGAGGGUAUUUGUUGUAUGGUCCACCAGGAACUGGCAAAUCAACCAUGAUAGCUGCCAUGGCUAAUUUCAUGAACUAUGAUGUGUAUGAUCUUGAAUUGACAGCAGUCAAGGAAAACACUGAGCUGAAAAAAUUGCUGAUUGAAACAUCCAGCAAAUCAAUCAUAGUGAUUGAAGACAUUGACUGCUCUAUUGAUCUUACAGGCCAAAGGAAGAAGAAGAAAAAAGAAAAAGAUGAGGAUGAGGAUGAGGAUGAGAAACCCAAAAAUCCUGCUAAGAAAGCUGAAGAAGAAGAGAAGAAGGGCAGCAAGGUAACACUAUCUGGGCUGUUGAAUUUCAUUGAUGGGAUUUGGUCAGCAUGUGGGGGAGAGAGGAUCAUCAUUUUCACAACCAACUUUGUGGACAAACUUGAUCCUGCUUUGAUUAGGAGAGGGAGGAUGGACAUGCACAUAGAAAUGUCCUAUUGUAGCUAUGAAGCUUUCAAGGUGCUUGCCAAGAACUACUUGGAUGUUGUUGAUGAUUCACAUAGCUUCUUUCCCAUUAUUGAGAAGUUGCUGGGAGAGACCAACAUGUCUCCUGCUGAUGUUGCUGAGAAUCUGAUGCCAAAGUCAAGAACUAAAGAUUCUGAUACUUCCUUGAAGAAUCUGAUUCAGGCUCUUGAGAAUGCUAAGGAGGAGGCCAAGAAGAAGGCAGAGGAGGAAGCAAAGAAAAAAAUUGAGGAUGAGGAAGCUAAGUUGAAGGCUGAGAAAGAUAAAGAAGAGUUGGCUCAAGAGAAAGAGGUGAAAACAAAUGGAAAAUCUGGGGAAGGGGUGAAAGAGAAUGGUACCACUACCAACCAUAAAUUUGAGUUAUGAUAUGUAUGGUUGAGCAUCUUCUUAGUAUAAUAAUACAUGUAUUAUAUGGCGUGAUCAAAGUUUAAUUAGUUUUAACUACUUUUCCUUCCUUUUCAAAGUAAUAAAUUGAAUUGAUUGCUCAA